AUUGUUCCAAUUUUAAAUAUUCGACUUCGUCUCCAGUAGAAAACCGGUCUUUUAAGAGCUAAAGUACUUUUUAUUUUCACGAUUUUAAUUUGGAAUUUUAAUCAACUUUAGAAAUACAUAAACAAGAUAUGUUUGGGACACAACUAGGAUCAUUCCCAUUCGCGUCAAAUAUCCAGGAGAGCGAAAUUCUACAUUUUAACGACACUUCCGGCAGUAGUAUGGACCAGAAUAAUGGGGCUGGUGAUAGCUAUUCAGGAGACAUUGAUAAAACCAAGCUUAUAGUCAAUUAUAUACCGCAGUUCGCCACCGAAGAGGAUCUAGUGCAAAUAUUCGGUCCUAUUGGUAAUAUAGAAAGUAUUAAAAUUAUGAGGGACUAUAAGACAGGAUAUAGCUUCGGAUUUGGGUUCGUUAAGUACUACAAGGAAGAGGAUGCUACCAAAGCCAUUGACGCUCUAAAUGGGUUUAAUUUCAGAAAUAAACGACUUAAAGUAUCCUACUCAAGACCACCGGGAACCGACAUGAAAGAUUCGAACUUGUACAUCACGAAUCUGCCUAAAGAUGUGACAGAGCAAGACGUCGAAAAUUUGUUCAAAGACUAUGGCGAAAUUAUUCAAAAAACAGUGCUGAAGGACAAACACACGGGACUACCCAGAGGAGUCGCUUUUGUCCGGUAUGCAAGGGGCGAAGAAGCGCAGGCGGCGAUCGCCAACCUAGAUGGCAAGCUGCUGGACAGCGCGAUGUUGCCGCUCAGCGUGCGCGUUGCCGAGGAUCACGGUAGGCAAAAGGCUCAGUAUCUGGAGGCGUGGAAUCCUAUGGGCGGUGGUUUUGGAGGUGGAAGGGGCUAUCCGGGCCUCAGAACAAGCAUAAUGCCUUUCAGAGAUUUAACAGUUCCCACUAGACCGAUCCUACCUAACCGCUAUACCCGUUUCCCCACGUUUUCCAGUCCGAACGUCAGAAAUUUGGGCGCAGGCGACACGUUUUUCCAAAACCCGUUUUUUUACUGAUGGAACAGGGCCGUUUAUUUUUUCAAAAAUUUCGAAAAAACGACGGUUUCGGAAUUCUUGACGAAAUGGCGAAGGAGCGCGCGAAGUUUCGAGAAUUUGUUUGUUGUUUUUAAUUUAUUUUUGUUACCUGGUGCCGAUUUAUCUCCUUCCGACUUGAAGUUUUAAUCGUGUUUGUGUCUAGUUUUUUUUGUAUUUGUUGUGUUUAGUUUUUGUUUUUUCUUUGUUUAGUUGGUAUAGUUGAACAAAAAAUGUGUUUGUGGAUGGAUAAAUCGGCAUUUUUUUUGUUCUGUUUUAAUUUAAAAUUUCGGAAACAUAUACAGGUUUCUAUCUACGACACUGAGAUAAAUAUGGUAUUUUUUAGAGUAUAUUUCUUUGAAUACUGUUAGGAGAAAAAUUGACAUAACCACCCCCCGCCACUAGUGGUCGUUUUAAUAUCUUAAUACCACAGAAGAACAAAUACGUAUGAUCAAGUAGACUGGGAAGUUAUAAUUAUAUUUUUUAUUAGUGGUUUAUUUUUUGGUCAAAAAUUAUUAGACAGUACUUAUAAAACUACGGGAAAAAACGAAAAUAUCUGAAGCUUUGGGACUGAUUUUUGUUAACAAAAAUUAUUUUACAGGGUGCGCCAAAAAGUGUCAAUUUUUUUAUCGUUAAAAUUACUAUAUUGAAAAAGGGUUUAUUCAAAAUUUCUUCAAUUUUAAAAAAUCAACAAAUAAUGAAGUCAUUUUGACGUAUAUCAGAAUGACUUUUUUCAUGUAAUAAGGACUUCUGUA